AUGAAAAGAUCGGGCUCCAAGCGCGUCGCGCGCAAGAUCGGCGCGUUCGACGAGGAGUCGGCAGAUAGUGCAGAGAGCUCGCAGAACGAAGCGCCGAAGCCUAUAGGGUCAGUUGUCAAGCGCCCGACGUUUGGCAAGGGCAAGAAGCGCUCGUCAUUGCGGGUAUCAUUUGGUCCUGGAGAAUCGGAUGCGAACGAUGGCGACGAGUCGAGCGAUGCAGUCGUGGCUACGCCCAAAAAGUCGAAUCUGAGUCGCAUAGCCCUGGAGAAGAGUGCUCAGCUACGAGCGCGAUCACCACUCGCACCGGAUGCAUCUCGUCCUGCAGAAGACGACCGACCUUCGUACAGCAAGGACUACAUCGCGGAGCUGCGAAAUUCCACUCCAACAACGCCCAAAGACUUGAAGCCCUCAGCCGAAGAGGAAGACGAGACUCGAGCCCUCGACAUCGCCUCCAAGUUCGGCCCAAUCGCGCCGUUUCCGGCAGAAGCUUUGUCUGCGAUACCCACAGAUGCCGAGAUACAGGAGAAGAAAGCGAGACGGAGGCGACUGGCGCAAGAAGAGAAAGCCUACGACGACGAGGAGCGGCCGUGGGCGUCGGACGAUGAGGGCGAAGAUGACUUCCGAAUGAGCAGAAAUGAGGUUUCAUUGCGACCGAAAGAGAAAUACCCCGAGACCCGUCUGGUUCGCGACGAGGAGGAUAUUGCAGAAGGGUUCGAAGAUUUUGUGGAGGAUGGGAGGAUUUCACUUGGUCGCAAGUCUGAACGAGAGGCUCGGCGAAGGAAGCGCACAGAAAUGGCUGAGCUCAUCAACGAUGCAGAAGGAGGUUCAGAUGAAGAUGGCUCGGACGAUUCAGAAGAGGAGAGGCAUGCUGCGUUCGCUGCAGCUCAGGCACGCGCCGGUAGAUACGGUCAAAAGAUCGAGGACGAAGAUGACGGCGCAAAGACACCACCGCGAACCACACCUCUGCCGGACCUUGAUGAGGUUUUGGAAGGUCUUACAAUCGAUGUACGAACCAAGCAGCAAAGAAAGGACUUGAUACUGCAGAAGCUGCAAGAACUGAAGGACGACAAGGUCAGGAUCGAGGAGAGGAAGAAAUACCUGCAGGAGCAGCUGCAGAAGACGGGCGAAGAGUACGAGAAACUGCGCCAGGAGGCAGGACUGCCAGCUCUACCUGCCAGCGGUGUAGACGGAGGCAGACUCCUCACUGAGAGAGGCCUGGAUAGUCUCGGUACUACACCCUUGGCCGGUCGUUCGAGUGAGGACUCGGAUGAUGAGUAG